AUGCGACUCAAUUGGCCGCUCAGAAUGUCUGCCAACGUUUCUAGAUCUUACAACGAUGCCGUAUCAGCCUUAAACUCAUUGCAAUCUAACUAUGCCAACAUCAUGGCUAUCAGAGCAUCUGGCGAUCGUAAAAACCAAAUGAAUAUUUGGGAAAUGCAAGAAUGGUGUCGUCGAAUUGGCUACGAAACUGGCGAUUUUGACAAGCUCAACAUCAUCCACAUCACUGGAACCAAGGGUAAAGGAUCAACGGCUGCUUUCACGCAAUCGCUGCUACAACAGUAUAACAGCAAAAUUCAUAAAAUCGGACUGUACACCUCGCCUCAUUUGAAAUCGGUGCGUGAAAGAAUUCAGAUCGGUGGUAAACCCAUUUGUGAAGAGAAGUUCUCACGCUAUUUCUUCGAUAUCUGGGACAAACUGGACAACACUUCGUCAUCGCAGGAGAAAUUUCCACAUAUGACGCCUGGCAGCAAGCCAGGAUACUUCAAGUAUUUGACGCUACUUUCCUUCCACGUUUUUGUGCAAGAAGGCUGCGAUUCGUGCAUUUACGAAGUGGGUGUGGGCGGAGAAUACGACAGUACCAAUAUUAUCAGGACCCCAACGGCCUGCGGGGUUUCUUUACUAGGAAUCGACCACACUUUCAUGCUUGGCGACACAAUCGAGGAAAUCGCCUGGAACAAGGGCGGGAUUUUCAAAAAAAACGUCCCGGCCUUCACAAUCGACGUGCAGCCCGCUGCCGGCUUGAAAAUGCUGCAGGAGAGAGCUCAGGAAAAGAAUGUCAAGCUUCAGCAGGUCCCGGUCUUCAAAGACGUGAGAAACUUGAAGCUGGGCCUUGCGGGUGAUUUUCAAGUCAUGAACGCCUCACUUGCGGUUGCCUUGGCAUCUCAGCAUCUCACCAAACUCGGGAUCAUUGCUGCACCUCUAGCUCUUGAAGCAGACACCGCACUUCCUCAUGAGUUCAAGAAUGGGCUCACAUCUGCCGAAUGGAAAGGCCGCUGCCAAACAAUACAGGCUGGCAAUAUAAAGUGGCUAAUUGACGGAGCCCAUACCAAGGACAGUAUUGUGGCUGCUGCUGGAUGGUUCAAAUCACAAGUGGCGAAUACCAAGAGCAAGAAAAUCCUUCUUUUCAAUCAACAAACCAGGGAUGCUGAUGCGCUUAUCACCACAUUGCGGAGUUGCUUGACCCCGGGAGUGAAAUUUGAUCGCAUCAUCUUCACUACAAAUGUUACAUGGAAGUCCGGUGAAUACAGUGCCGAUUUAGUUUCUAUGAACACUUCGAAAGAGCAAGUCGACAGACUUGAGGUCCAAAAGGCUCUCCGCGAAACCUGGCUCAGCCAGGAACCAGACGCGCAGGUGGAUGUUGUGGGAAACAUCGAAACAGCCUGCGAUAUUGUCAAGACAUAUGAGGAGCCCAUCGAGGUUAUUGCGACAGGAUCGCUUCACCUCGUAGGUGGACUUCUCGUAGUGUUGGAUGGCCACGAAUGA